GGAAGAAUAGAAGAAAGACAAAAUAAAAGUUCUAAACUUUGUGGCAAGCAAUAGAUAAAAACAAACUCCUUUGCUAAUACUAUUAUUAUUAUUAAUCACAGAGACUGAAUUUGCCAUUUUCUUUUCUUUAGUUUGUUGAUGAGAUCAUGAGAUUCCUUUUCUUCUCAGGUGAAAAGAUAAACCUUCUGCGUGAAUCUUGGCUGCAUCUUCUCUCUUUUUCUAGACUUCUCUGAUCUGAAACCAAAGGAAAAAUUGCUCUUCAUCUUUAAUCAUUUAAAGGGAAGAUGUCUGGUUUUCUGUCUGCUUUACCUGGAAACAAUCUAAAGUCUAGUGGUGAAAAUUUGGCCACUGCUAUAGUUCCUUUAAUGAAACUUCUCUCCCUUACAGUGAUAGGAUUGGUUCUUGGACACCCAAAAACACAAAUCACCCCCAAAGCAACGUUCAGACUUCUAAGCAAGCUAGUAUUUGCUUUAUUUUUGCCCUGCCUAAUCUUCACUGAGCUUGGUGAAAGUAUUACAUUUGAGAACAUUAAGCUCUGGUGGUUUAUCCCUGUUAAUGUGCUUCUCAGUACAAUCAUUGGUUUCUUUCUUGGGUUGAUUGUUGUGGCUAUAUGUCGUCCACCACCGGAGUUUAACAGAUUCACUAUUAUCAUGACUGCCUUUGGGAAUACUGGAAAUCUUCCUCUAGCAAUUCUUGGAUCUGUCUGUCAUACUAAGGACAGCCCAUUUGGACCUCAUUGCCACUCGAGGGGUGUAGCGUAUGUCUCUUUUGCUCAAUGGGUUGCUGUAAUUCUGGUUUACACCCUUGUGUAUCAUAUGAUGGAGCCACCAUUGCAGUUUUACGAGAUCGUUGAGGAAGGGUUUGAAAUUGAGGAACAACAGCCAAGUAGUGAUGUUAGUAGACCUCUUCUGGUAGAAGCUGAAUGGCCAGGUAUUGAGGAUAAAGAAACUGAACAUGCCAAGACUCCUUUCAUCGCUAGGAUUUUUAAUAGCAUAUCAUCUCGCUCACAGACCAAUUUCCCAGAUCUUGAUCUCACUGCAGAGAGUUCUGCAACCAGUCCUAGGUCCAUUAGGUGUUUGGCUGAGCCGAGAGUUGUGAGGAGAAUCAGAAUUGUUGCUGAACAAACUCCCAUACAGCACAUACUUCAACCUCCAACAAUUGCUUCUCUAUUAGCUAUCGUUAUCGGUAUGGUGCCUCAGCUAAAAGCUUUCGUCUUUGGAUAUGAUGCCCCAUUGUCUUUUAUAACAGAUAGUUUAGAGAUUUUAGCUGGUGCCAUGGUGCCCUCUGUGAUGCUUAUGCUUGGAGGUAUGCUUGCUGAGGGCCCAAAAGAGUCUACACUUGGUCUUCGAACCACGAUUGGCAUAAGUGUUGCAAGGCUUUUGGUGCUUCCUCUGCUGGGAAUCGGUGUUGUGGCUGUGGCUGAUAAGCUGAAUUUUCUUGUAAUUGGUGACGCAAUGUACAGAUUCGUCCUCUUGUUACAAUACACAACACCAAGUGCCAUUUUACUGGGGGCAAUCGCCAGCUUGAGGGGUUAUGCAGUGAAGGAAGCUUCUGCUCUUCUCUUCUGGCAACAUGUCUUUGCUCUCUUCUCCCUUUCCUUGUAUAUUGUGAUCUACUUCAGAUUACUUUCUUACAUUUGAGGUUCUCCUGCCAUCGGAUUGCUGAUGUUCCCUGUUCAGAGUAUAUUUGCCUUAAAGUAUAAUGGAUUUAUUUAUUUGCUCUAUAUGCUCUAUUGGAUACUGAUAGGUUGUACUGAAUGGUGCUUCGUUUCUGCCAGUUGAUUUUGUACAGUGAUUA